AUGACCACGGAAAGAGACUCAGAAACAACAUUUGAGGAGGAUUCUCAGCCCAAUGAUGAAGUGGUUCCCUACAGCGAUGAUGAAACCGAAGAUGAGCUGGAUGACCAGGGCCCUGCCGCUGAGCCAGAGCAGAAUCAGAUCAACAGAGAAGCCGAGCAAGGCCGGGACACCUUCAGGAAAGAUUGCACUUGGCAAGUUAAAGCGAAUGAUCGAAAGUACCACGAACAACCUCAUUUUAUGAACACAAAGUUCUUUUGUAUUAAGGAGAGCAAAUAUGCGAGUAAUGCAAUUAAAACAUACAAGUACAACGUACUCACCUUCCUACCAAUGAAUUUGUUUGAGCAGUUUAAGAGAGCAGCUAACUUCUAUUUCCUGGUUCUUCUUAUCUUGCAGGCAAUUCCUCAAAUCUCUACCCUGGCAUGGUACACCACCCUUGUCCCACUACUUCUGGUACUUGGCAUCACUGCAAUCAAAGACCUGGUGGACGAUGUGGCUCGCCAUAAAAUGGAUAAGGAGAUCAACAAUAGAACAUGUGAAGUCAUUAAGGAUGGCAGGUUUAAAGUUACCAAGUGGAAAGACAUUCAAGUUGGAGAUGUCAUUCGUCUGAAGAAAAAUGAUUUUAUUCCAGCUGACAUUCUGCUGCUGUCCAGCUCUGAGCCCAACAGCCUCUGCUAUGUGGAGACCGCCGAGCUAGAUGGAGAAACCAAUUUAAAGUUCAAAAUGGCGCUGGAAAUCACAGACCAGUAUCUCCAAAGAGAAGAUAACUUAGCAACAUUUGAUGGUUUUAUUGAAUGUGAAGAACCCAAUAACCGACUAGAUAAGUUCACAGGAACACUGUUCUGGAGAAAGAGAAGUUUUCCUUUGGAUGCUGAUAAAAUUCUAUUACGUGGCUGUGUCAUUAGAAAUACUGAUGUCUGCCAUGGACUGGUAAUCUUUGCAGGUGCUGACACUAAGAUAAUGAAGAACAGUGGGAAAACCAGAUUUAAAAGAACUAAAAUUGAUUACUUGAUGAACUACAUGGUUUACACGAUCUUUAUUGUUCUCAUUCUGCUUUCUGCGGGUCUUGCCAUCGGCCAUGCUUACUGGGAAGCACAAGUUGGCAAUUAUUCUUGGUACCUCUACGAUGGAGAAAACAUCACUCCCUCCUACCGUGGAUUCCUGAAUUUCUGGGGCUACAUCAUCGUGCUGAACACCAUGGUACCCAUCUCUCUGUAUGUCAGUGUGGAAGUGAUUCGUCUGGGACAGAGUCACUUUAUUAACUGGGACCUGCAGAUGUACUAUUCUGAGAAGGACACGCCUGCAAAGGCGAGAACCACCACGCUGAAUGAGCAGCUCGGCCAGAUCCAGUACAUCUUCUCUGAUAAGACAGGGACACUCACGCAGAACAUCAUGACCUUUAAAAAGUGCUGCAUCAAUGGGCAAAUCUAUGGAGACCAUCGAGAUGCCUCUCAACACACUCACAGCAAAAUAGAGGUGAUUGAUUUUAGCUGGAAUGCAUUUGCUGAUGGGAAACUUGCAUUUUAUGACCAUUAUCUUAUCGAGCAAAUCCAGUCAGGGAAAGAACCAGAGGUCCAGCAGUUCUUCUUCUUGCUUGCUGUUUGUCACACGGUCAUGGUGGAAAGAAUUGAUGGUCAGAUCAACUACCAGGCGGCUUCUCCCGACGAGGGCGCCCUGGUCAAUGCCGCCAGGAACUUCGGCUUUGCCUUCCUCGCCAGGACGCAGAACACCAUCACCAUCAGCGAGCUGGGCACCGAGAGGACCUACAGUGUUCUUGCCAUUUUAGACUUCAACAGCGACCGGAAGCGAAUGUCUAUCAUUGUAAGAGCCCCAGAAGGCAACAUCAGGCUGUAUUGUAAAGGUGCUGACACUGUCAUUUAUGAACGGUUACAUCCAAUGAAUCCUACAAAGCAAGAGACACAGGAUGCCCUGGAUAUCUUUGCGAAUGAAACUCUUAGAACCCUGUGCCUUUGCUACAAAGAAAUUGAAGAAAAAGAAUUUGCAGAAUGGAAUAAAAAGUUUAUGGCAGCCAGCGUGGCCUCAACCAACCGAGAUGAAGCUUUGGAUAAAGUAUAUGAGGAGAUUGAAAGAGACUUAAUUCUAUUGGGAGCUACAGCUAUUGAAGAUAAACUGCAGGAUGGGGUCCCAGAAACCAUAUCAAAACUUGCAAAAGCUGACAUUAAAAUCUGGGUGCUCACUGGAGACAAAAAGGAAACUGCAGAAAACAUAGGAUUUGCUUGUGAACUUCUGACAGAAGACACCACUAUCUGCUAUGGGGAAGAUAUAAAUUCUCUUCUUCAUACAAGGGUGGAAAACCAGAGAAACAGAGGUGGAGUUUAUGCAAAAUUUGCACCUGUUGUGUACGAACCUUUUUUCCCACCUGGUGAAAACCGUGCUUUAGUCAUCACCGGUUCUUGGCUGAAUGAGAUUCUUCUAGAGAAAAAGACCAAAAGAAAUAAGAUUCUGAAGCUGAAGUUUCCAAGGACAAAAGAAGAGAGACGGAUUCGAACCCAAAGCAAGAGAAGGCUCGAAGUUAAGAAAGAGCAGCGGCAGAGGAACUUUGUGGACCUGGCCUGCGAGUGCAGCGCUGUCAUCUGCUGCCGCGUCACUCCCAAGCAGAAGGCCAUGGUGGUGGACCUGGUGAAAAGGUACAAGAAGGCCAUCACACUGGCCAUUGGAGAUGGAGCCAACGACGUGAACAUGAUCAAGACUGCGCAUAUUGGUGUUGGAAUAAGUGGACAAGAAGGAAUGCAAGCCGUCAUGUCCAGUGACUAUUCCUUUGCUCAGUUCAGAUAUCUGCAGAGGCUGUUGCUGGUGCACGGCCGGUGGUCUUACAUAAGGAUGUGCAAGUUCCUUCGAUAUUUCUUUUAUAAAAACUUUGCAUUUACUUUGGUUCAUUUCUGGUACUCCUUCUUCAAUGGCUACUCAGCACAGACCGCGUAUGAGGACUGGUUCAUCACACUGUACAACGUGCUGUACUCCAGCCUGCCAGUGCUCCUUAUGGGGCUGCUCGACCAGGAUGUGAGUGACAAACUAAGCCUCCGAUUCCCUGGGUUGUAUGUGGUGGGACAAAGAGACUUACUAUUCAACUACAAGAAAUUCUUCAUCAGCUUGUUACAUGGAAUCUUAACAUCCAUGGUCCUCUUCUUCAUUCCUCUUGGAGCUUAUCUGCAAACUGUGGGACAAGAUGGAGAGGCACCUUCAGACUACCAGUCUUUUGCUGUCACUGUUGCUUCGGCUCUCAUAAUAACGGUCAAUUUCCAGAUUGGUUUGGAUACUUCUUACUGGACUUUUGUGAAUGCUUUUUCAAUUUUUGGAAGCAUAGCACUUUAUUUUGGCAUCAUGUUUGACUUUCACAGCGCUGGGAUACAUGUUCUUUUGCCAUCUGCAUUUCAAUUUACAGGCACCGCUUCCAAUGCCCUGAGGCAGCCAUACAUUUGGUUGACCAUCAUCUUGACUGUUGCAGUGUGUUUAUUGCCCGUUGUAGCUGUCCGCUUCUUGUCAAUGACCAUUUGGCCAUCGGAAAGUGAUAAGAUCCAGAAGCAUCGCAAGCGGUUGAAGGCCGAGGAGCAGUGGAAGCGGCGGCAGAACGUGUUUCGCCGGGGCGUGUCGUCUAGGCGCUCGGCCUACGCCUUCUCGCACCAGCGCGGCUACGCGGACCUCAUCUCGUCGGGGCGCAGCAUCCGCAAGAAGCGCUCUCCGCUGGAUGCCAUCAUCGCCGACGGGACGGCCGAGUACCGGCGCACGGUGGAGAGCUGA